AGACAAACCAAACACAGACUUUAGAUAGAGACAUUCAUGUUUUCACGUCAGCUGCUCUGCGACGAGCAGCAUCAGAGGAACACAGAUUAUUAUUUUUUCUUUUUUAAACAUGAAACGUCUUUCCUCAGAGUGUGUCCUGGUGUAAAUCAGCUGGUGUGUUUGUUUCUGAGAGGAAGAGACCUCGAUUAUAAUUCAGCUCCUCAACACUGCAGGAAUUCUGACCAGGAGAAGUUUCAGCUGGUCGAUAGACGACACUUCGUCCUCCUCAGUCUGACACAGUGGAACUUCAAUGUUGAAAUAUUGUUACUUAGUCGUGUAGAGUUCAAGUACAACGUUCGUCUCAGGCUUUAGCCGCAGAACUACGUGAUUUUAAAAAAAAAAAAAAAAAAAAAAAAAAAACAUGACAGAAGGUGACCUGAUAAUCUGUCUGCUCUGUCCUGAUCAUGCCUGUUGUUCCUCUUUAUGUUUUGCAGGAAGCCUCUUGGUUUCCAGGAUCUCAGUGCUCACUUGGAGAGGUUGUUGUCUGAGGGAGAACCCACUGAGGACAGCAGAGAUCAGCCUGUUGAAGGGCGUCUGGGCCCUCAGCCCGUCGUCCUGGAUCACACCAGCGGCUUCGAGGGACUUCUGUUUGUAGAUGACGACCUGCUGGGGGUCAUCGGCCACAGCAACUUCAGCUCCAUCAGAGCCACCACAUGUGUUUAUAAAGGGAAAUGGGCCUACGAGGUGCUGAUCUCCUCCCAGGGUCUGAUGCAGAUCGGCUGGUGUACGCUCAACUGUCGCUUCAACCAGGAGGAGGGUGUCGGCGACACUCCAGACUCGUACGCUUACGAUGGAAACAGAGUGAGGAAGUGGAACGUGACGACCACCAACUAUGGAAAGUCAUGGGCGGCCGGAGACAUCGUCAGCUGUCUGAUAGACCUGGACGAGGGAACCAUCACGUUCUGUCUGAACGGUCAGUCUCUGGGCACAGCGUUCACCAACAUUAAGAUGGGACCGGGCGUGGCUUACUUCCCUGCCAUCAGCCUCUCCUUUAAAGAGUCAGUGGCUUUUAACUUCGGCAGCAGACCCCUCAGGUACCCUGUGGACGGCUACCUGCCCCUCCAGAACCCCCCGACUGCAGACCUGCUGAAGGCUCACAAGCUGCUGGGCUACAUGAAGAACGUCCUCUCCACCACCAUCGACACACAGGAGGAGAGGCUGGUGGAGAAGGACUAUGCAGUGUGGAGGCUUCAUGGAGAACCUACAGUCCUCAUCACUCUGGCUCACAUCUUCAACCACUUCGCUCCUCUCAUGUGUAAAGUGUACCUGGUGGAGGACGUGCUGAUGGACUUCCUGUUGGGGAUUCUGGAGGGGGGAGGUUCGGUAGAUGAACACCCGCUCAUACAGCAGCUCCUGGAUCUGUUCUGGCUGCUGAUGGAGGACUAUGAAGUGAACGAGUGUCUGAAGCAGCUGAUGAUGUCCCUGCUGAGGGCCUACCGCUUCUCCCCCAUCAUCCCCGACCUUGGUUUCCAGAUCCACUACCUGCGUCUGACCACGGCCAUCCUGCACCACGAGAAGUCCAGGAAGUACCUUCUCAACAACGUCCUGUUUGAUGUUCUGCGCUCAGUCGUGUUUUUUUACAUCAAAACUCCUCUGAGGGUGAAGGAGGCGGGGCUGGAGGAGCUCAUUCCCACCACCUGGUGGCCCACGCACUUCGACAAGGAGGGAAAAGACGAGCGGGAGCCCAAAGACGAGAGCGCAGAUGAGCGACUGAGACGGAGAGCGUAUGAGAGAGGCUGUCAGAGACUGAAGAAGAGGAUCGAAGGUCAGAACACUCGUCUUCAUCCAGCUGCUUCUCUGCUUACUGUACACCACCGAAACUACAUCCUCACAGUACCUGGAGAAGCCUCUCGAUACAUUUUCCUCAAUAAGUUCAGGAAGUUCCUCCAGGAAAAUGCCAGCAACAGAGGGCACCCCACAGCUCUGUGUCCUCCAGAGUACAUGGUGUGUUUCCUCCACCGCCUCAUCACAGCCGUGAGAGCGAGCUGGGACGAAGGCAGCAGGAAGACUCUGAGCAGCAUCAGCAGUGAAGAGGCCUACGUCCCCCCCCAGCUCUUCUACAACGGGAAGGUGGACUACUUUGACCUGCAGAGACUGGGGGGGCUCCUGUCCCACCUGAAGAAAACACUCAAAGAUGACUUGGCCAGUAAAGCCAACAUCAUCAUCGACCCUGCGGAGAUCCAGGCCACGUCUAUGGACGACCUGGACGAGGACGAGGAGAGCGGAGCAGCUCAGAGGCCGUUUGGUGCGGCGGCGAUGGGCGGAGCUCUGGCGAGGCCCAGCUGGUUGAGUUCUCCCACUCUGGGUCGAGCCAAUCGCUUCCUGAGCACGGCCGCCGUCAGUCUGAUGACCCCCAGACGACCCCUCACACAGCCGGAGAAGGUGAAGGUUCGCACGCUCGCCGUGGAGCAGAGGACUGAAGAGGACAUCGAGGGAAGCCAUGGUAACGACGGCCUGUUGCUGGGACGACCACUAGAGGAGCCCGAUCAGCCAAUCACAGACAAGUCCCUGCUGGAGAUAGUUGACGGGAUCGUGAUGAUGUACAACCUGAGUGUCCACCAGCAGCUGGGGAAGAUGGUGGUGGUUUCAGAUGACGUCCAUGAAUACGCUGUUGCUCUGAAGGACACGGAGGAGAAGAUCGCACGCUGCCCUGCCAAAAGACCAGACAUCCUGGACGAGCUCCAGAAGAGCCAGAAGGUUUUUGCAGAGAAGCUGAACCACCUCAGCAGGAGACUAGCCUGGAUCAACGCCACCAUCUACUCCAAGGAGAAGAUGCUGGACGUGUACUGGCUGCUGUGUGUUUGUAUUCGGACCAUCGAACAUGCAGACAACACCGGCUCUUUGUUCGCCUUUGCUCCAGAGUUCUACCUCAACGUGGCCAUGAAUGCGUACAGCGCUUUGAAGAACUACUUCAGCCCUGCAAACAGCAUGGAGGAGCUGCCAGGCUACGAGGACACCUUGACCCAGCUAGCUGCUAUCCUCGCCAAGCACUUUGCAGACCCUCGUAUAGUAGGAACAGAUAUCAAAGACUCUCUGAUGCAGGCCCUGGCCAGCUAUGUCUGUUACCCACAAUCCCUCAGGGCAGUGGAGAGGAUCCCAGAGGAACAACGGGUGGCCAUGAUGAGGAACCUGCUGGCCCCGUAUGAGCAGAGACCCUGGGCUCAGACCAACUGGAUCCUGGUCCGACUGUGGAGGGGUUGCGGUUUUGGCUACAGAUACACUCGUCUUCCUCACCUGCUGAAAACCAAACCUGAGGACGCCAACCUGCCCAGUCUGCAGAAGCCGUGUCCGUCGUUGCUGCUGCAGAGACACAUGGCAGAGCUGCUGAGCAUGGACAAAGACAUGGCCGCCUCGUUCCUCAACAGCGUCCUGAACCAGCUCAACUGGGCCUUCUCCGAGUUCAUCGGCAUGAUCCAGGAGAUCCAGCAGGCUGCAGAGCGUCCAGAGAGGAACUUUGUGGACACUCGUCAGCUGAAGGUGUGUGCAACCUGCUUCGACCUGUCGGUCAGUCUGCUGCGGGUGCUGGAGAUGACCGUCACUCUGGUUCCCGAGAUCUUCCUGGACUGGUCCCGUCCGUCUGCAGAGCUCCUCCUCAGGAGACUCGCUCAGCUGUUGAACCAGGUGUUAAACAGAGUGACGGCUGAGAAGAACCUGUUUGAUCGAGUCGUCAACCUGAGACUGCCAGGUCUGGAGAGCGUGGACCACUACCCCAUCCUGGUGGCUGUUACAGGGAUCCUGGUUCGAAUCCUGGUGGAUGGCGACAGACAGGGGUUCGUACUGUCCUCUCUCUCCUGUGUCCUCUCCGUCAACACCGUCCCGUCCCUGUCAGCGACAGCAGAGAGUGGGAUACUGGUCUGCUCAGGUGUGGUGCUGGGUGCAGUGGGAGGGGUUGUGGUGCUGGGUGCAGUGGGUGCAGUGGAAGGGGGUGUGGUGCUGGGUGCAGUGGGAGGGGGUGUGGUAGUGGGUGCAGUGGGAGGGGGUGUGGUAGUGGGUGCAGUGGGAGGGGGUCUGGGGGUAACGGAGAAGCAGAGGAGGAAGUGA